AUGGCCUCAAUCGCGCGAUGCCUUCGGGCAGCUAGACCGUCGACCUUCUCUCGACUAGCACAAGCACCACGCACAAGAUCCAAUUGGCAACCCGCGACGCUGCGAGCUUUCUCUGCUUCGCCGAUAAGAGAUAUCCGCAAGUACACCAAGGACCACGAAUGGAUCGAUCUGAACGCCGAAAAGACGGCUGGCGUAAUCGGUAUCUCGGAGUACGCCGCUGAGGAGCUGGGCGACGUCGUAUACGUUGAGUUGCCGGAGGAGGGCAAGGAGGUUAGCGCGGGCGAUGCUAUCGGCGCCGUCGAGUCGGUCAAGAGCGCCGCCGAUAUCAACGCCCCUAUCGCCUGCAAGGUUACCGGCGUCAACCUAGCCCUCGAGGAGAAGCCCGGUACUAUCAACCAGGUUCCUGAGGACGACUCGCACGGCGGCGGUUGGAUUGUUAAGGUGCAGGUUGGCGAGCAGGGCGUCAAGGACUUCGACGCUCUUAUGGACCUCGAGGAAUACAAGACGUUUACCGGCUCGGAGGAACACUAG